GAAACAUGGCGACGUCUAAUUUGUUAAAGAACAAGGGGUCCCUGCAGUUUGAGGACAAGUGGGAUUUGAUGCGACCCAUCGUUCUCAAGCUGCUCAGACAGGAAGCCGUCACCAAGCAACAGUGGUUCGACUUGUUCUCAGAUGUCCAUGCUGUGUGUCUAUGGGAUGAUAAAGGACCAGCCAAAAUCCACCAAGCCCUCAAAGAGGACAUCCUAGACUUCAUCAAACAAGCACAGGCUCGGGUGCUGAGCCACCAGGACGACACGGCACUGCUAAAAGCUUACAUUGUAGAGUGGAGGAAGUUCUUCACCCAGUGCGACAUCCUGCCCAAACCAUUCUGUCAGCUUGAGAUCACACUGAUGGGCAAACAGGGCAGCAACAAGAAAACAAACAUGGAGGACAGCAUCGUACGUAAGCUGAUGCUGGACACGUGGAACGAGUCGAUCUUCUCCAACAUUAAGAGUCGCCUGCAGGACAGUGCCAUGAAGCUGGUACAUGCUGAGAGGCUGGGGGAGGCCUUCGACUCCCAGCUGGUUAUAGGAGUACGAGAGUCGUACGUGAACCUGUGUUCCAACCCAGAGGACAAGCUGCAAAUAUACAGGGAUAACUUUGAGAAAGCCUACCUGGACUCCACAGAGAGGUUUUACAGAACACAGGCACUGUCCUACCUGCAACAGAACGGGGUCCAGAACUACAUGAAAUAUGCAGACGCAAAGCUGAGAGAAGAGGAGAAGAGAGCACUUAGAUAUCUAGAGACACGUCGUGAAUGUAACUCUGUUCAAGCACUUAUGGAAUGUUGUGUGAAUGCUCUGGUGACGUCGUUCAAAGAGACCAUCUUAGCCGAAUGUCCAGGGAUGAUCAAACGCAACGAGACAGACAAGCUGCACCUGAUGUUUUCACUGAUGGACAAGGUUCCAAACGGGAUCGAGCCGAUGCUGAAAGACCUGGAAGAACAUAUCAUCAGUGCUGGACUAGCAGACAUGGUGGCUGCUGCCGAGACUAUCACUACUGACUCUGAGAAAUACGUGGAACAAUUGUUGACUUUGUUUAACCGCUUCAGUAAGCUGGUGAAGGACGCCUUCCAGGACGACCCUCGCUUCCUCACAGCAAGAGAUAAGGCUUACAAAGCUGUUGUCAAUGAUGCCACAAUCUUCAAACUGGAGCUGCCUAUGAAACAGAAAGGUGUGGGUAUGAAGACUCAGCCGGAGUCAAAGUGUCCAGAGCUGCUGGCAAACUACUGUGAUAUGCUGCUAAGGAAAACUCCUCUCAGCAAGAAACUCACCUCAGAGGAAAUUGAGCUCAAACUCAAAGAAGUGCUCUUGGUGUUGAAGUAUGUCCAGAAUAAAGAUGUGUUCAUGCGUUACCACAAAGCUCACCUGACCCGCCGCCUGAUUCUGGACAUUUCAGCAGACAGUGAGAUUGAAGAGAACAUGGUUGAGUGGCUGAGAGAAGUAGGAAUGCCCGCUGAUUAUGUGAACAAGCUGGCCAGGAUGUUUCAGGACAUCAAGGUGUCAGAGGACCUCAAUCAGGUCUUCAAAGAGAUGCACAAACACAACAAGCUGGCACUGCCAGCGGACAGCGUGAACAUUAAGAUCCUGAAUGCCGGAGCUUGGUCACGAAGCAGUGAGAAGGUGUUUGUCUCGCUGCCCACGGAGCUGGAGGACCUGAUCCCUGAGGUGGAAGACUUUUACAAAAGGAAUCACAGUGGCCGCAAACUCCACUGGCAUCACCUCAUGUCUAACGGCAUUAUCACCUUUAAGAAUGAGGUGGGUCAGUACGACCUCGAGGUGACAACCUUCCAGCUCGCCGUGUUGUUCGCCUGGAACCAGAGACCCAGAGAGAGAAUCAGCUUUGAGAACCUCAAACUGGCCACAGAGCUGCCUGACGCAGAGCUACGCCGCACACUCUGGUCUCUGGUUGCCUUCCCCAAGCUGAAGAGACAGGUGUUGUCUUACGACCCUCCAGUUAACUCACCCAAAGACUUCACAGACAGCACACUCUUCUACGUCAACCAGGAGUUCUCCCUCAUCAAAAAUUCCAAAGUGCAGAAGCGGGGAAAGAUCAAUCUAAUUGGUCGGCUACAGUUGACCACAGAGCGAAUGAGAGAGGAGGAGAACGAAGGAAUUGUUCAGCUCAGAAUACUCAGAACUCAGGAGGCCAUCAUCCAAAUCAUGAAGAUGAGGAAGAGGAUCAGCAACGCCCAGCUGCAGACGGAGCUGGUGGAGAUCCUGAAGAAUAUGUUUCUGCCACAGAAGAAAAUGAUUAAGGAACAGAUCGAGUGGCUCAUCGAACACAAGUACAUAAAGAGGGACGAGGCAGACAUCAACACCUUCAUCUACAUGGCCUAAGCAGGGACUGAAGGUGUGCUUUCUUGCUCUGUUUUUAACUCCUGGCCUGCGACCAGCGCUUUGAGAACCUGCGAGAGGAGCGAGGACGUGUUUGAAGAAAAGGAGAGGGGUGAUGAUAAGUAGGGAUCGUGUUGAAGGACAAGGAAUAGUCUUUUCAACAGAAGUGUGGAUUUUUCUUUGUGUUUGUGAGGCGCAAGUGUGUGAUCGGAGUGUCAUUUCAAGGCAUAGCGUUGAGUCAUCGGGCUGCCUUUGUCUCUGCUGCCCUCAAGUGUGAGAUCAGAGGAGAGGGGCAGCAGUGUGCAGCGUCUGCCGGCAGCUCAGAGGAAAAAUAGUGAGAUAAUUAAAUGAAAUACUUCCUGCCUUACUUUCAUCAGCAACAGACUGCAGAAUAGGAGGAGGGGAAGGGGGACAGAUGUAACAAGCUAAUAUCAAUCCUUCGCUUUCACGUGAUGCUGCAGCUGUCAUCUCAGCGGCAGCCAUUUUGCAUCCCUCCUAUUCUACUCAAGUCUUAUUUUUGAACAGGGAAUGCAAAAAGCUGUGAGUGGAAGCUGCCAUUGAGGAGGAGCCGACUUGGAUGGAGAGACUAGUUCAAACUACCGAGGAGUAUUUUGCCAAAUCGUGUGUUUGUGUGUAUGUUUGGGGUUUGAAUGCAUGGUGUGUAUCUGGUCUUUUAAAUGUGUGUAUGUGUGUGCACUUUCAACAGCAUGCUGCUCUAUGAUUUUUAUUUUU